AUGUCAGCGGAUGAGGCGAGGUCAAGUCAAUUCUUUAACAGCUUUCACCAUUUCUUUUUUAAUUUUAUUUUAUUUCUAAUUCCAGUUAAGAAAAAUUGGAAGAAGAGAGGGAAAGAAAAGGGAAUUAUUACUCCUUUAAUUGAGAACUAUUGGUUUCAAAGAUACCAUCUUUUUUCAAAAUACGAUGAAGGAAUUAAAAUGGAUGAGGAAGGUUGGUUUUCUGUUGCUCCCGUAGAGAUAGCCAUGAGGCAUGCGGAGAAGUGCGGUGGCUAUGAACUUGUCAUUGAUUGCUUUUCAGGUGUCGGUGGCAAUGCCAUCCAAUUUGCUAAACUGUGUCCUUUUGUUCUGGCUAUUGAUAUUGAUCCUCAGAAAGUUAAUAUGGUCCUUAACAAUGCAAAGGUUUAUGGAGUAGAAGAUAAUAUUGAUUUCAUUGUUGGAGAUUUUUUCCAACUUGCUCCAUCUUUGAAGGUCAAAAAUGGAGUUAAAAAUGUUCAUUCAAGCCGAAACUACUGCCAAUGUUGCAACAUCAGGACACCAAUUUUGUGACACCAAAGACAAGCAAUCAAGGAUGAAACAAGGGCCACGCCGUGAUGUGGAUGAUGAUGAUGUCGUGAUGAUGCGACGAUUACUUGGAUUAAAUCAGUCGUGUUUUUACAGCCUUAUAUAGACAUUUUAAUAUUCUGAAUUUAGCCUAUAUAAAGGGCAAUUAUAACCAGAUUUAGACACAGAUUUUGGGAGACAAAUUUUUUCUUAGGCAUUUUGUUCAGUUUUCAGUUUUUACUUAAUUUUAUUUUAUUGUCGCCUAAUUAGAAGUUUCUAUUCCAAAGUUAGACUAUCGCGAGGGAAGAUUGUUCCGAAAUUGCGCCUUUGUAUCGAUUAACCUGUGAGAAUUCUCCAUCCUUCUUUUUAUUCUAUUAUUUAUAUCUUUUUUCUCAA